GGCAUGGUAGCCAAGCCAAGACAUGUUGAAACAAAAGGCAAGGCUCAUAAUUUCACAUACACGACAAACCAAAUGGGCACCCCACUCACCCUCAAUCUCUUUCCACAUCACCAUUUUUACCAUUUCCUUCAACUUCAACCCAUCCGUCACACAGUCACAAACAACACAUUCAUUCAUUUUACCAAUUACCAAUUACCAAUUACCAAUUACCAAUUAUCUCUCUCUCUCACCAGCAUGUCAUUUGCCUCAAACAAACCCUUUCCUUCUCUUGCUCUCCCUGCAUCCAUAUAAAAAUAACACCACCUGGUUGUUUUGUUUUGUUCCAAUCCAAGAAGCAUGGAAGAGUCUGAGGGUAGUACAAGUGGGAAUCACAGUUACAGCAGCUGUGGAUCACCAAUCAGCAACAUGGCUCAAGACUACCUCUUUACUAUUCUCCUCCUCCUCCCCAUAGAUGCAAUCCUCUCCCUAUCCAUCACUUGCAAGAGAUUCAGGGCUCUCACUUCCUCACACACUCUAUGGAAAUCUUUGUGCAAAAGGGACUUGGGUUCCACUUGUGUUGACUCACUUUCCAGUAACAACCAGCAUCGUCACUUCCCUUGGAUGAGGCUCUACAAGCAAGUCUCUCAGAUGGAUUCUGUUUGCUGUCAUAAACUACUUGUGUCAGAUUUGGAUUUCCCUGCAGCCAGAGCUUCUCACUCUCUCAACUUUGUCUCCGACUGUCUUGUCUUGUUUGGUGGCGGCUGUGAGGGAGGACGACAUCUUGAUGACACGUGGGUGGCAUACAUUGGCAAUGAUUUCCGGAGAAUGUUGAAAUGGCAGACAGUCCAUUCAGGCAUUCCAAGUGGGAGAUUUGGGCAUACAUGUGUGGAGAUGGGUGAUUAUCUUGUUCUCUUUGGAGGAAUCAACGACCGUGGCAACCGUAAAAACGAUACAUGGUUGGGGCAUGUCAUGUUCAAUGAAAACAACGGUGUAACAUUUUCAUGGAAAAUGCUUGAUGUGGGGAAUGUUGCACCGCCCUCUAGAGGGGCUCAUGCUGCAUGUUGUAUUGAUGAAAAGAGAAUGAUAAUCCAUGGAGGUAUAGGGCUUAAUGGCCUCCGUUUGGGGGACACAUGGGUCUUGGAGAUGUCAGAUAGUCAUUGCUUUGGUACGUGGCAUGAGAUUGUGGCACACCCUUCACCUCCACCACGUUCAGGACACACAUUGACAUGCAUUGGGAGAAGCAGGACAAUACUAUUUGGAGGAAGAGGCUUGGGUUAUGAGGUGCUUGAUGAUGUUUGGUUAUUGGAUACAUACCAAGGUUAUCAGAGAUGGGUCCAAAUAGUUUAUGAUUUACAAAGCAUACCAGCUGGUGUUUCCCUUCCAAGAGUUGGUCACACAGCUACAUUGGUUUUGGGAGGCAGGUUGCUAAUUUAUGGAGGAGAAGACUCAUAUAGACAAAGGAAAGAUGAUUUUUGGGUGUUAGAUAUCAGUGCCAUCCCUUACCCUUGCAUCACUCAGCAAAUCACAGUGAGCUCAAAGAAAGUGUUGACAAGAAUGUGGAAACGGUGGAAAUCAAGUGGACAUGCGGCAAAUUCUCGAUCAUUUCACCGUGCCUGUGCAGACCGAUCAGGGCGUUAUGUGUAUGUAUUUGGUGGAAUGGUGGAUGGUUUUCUUCAGCCUGCUGAACCUUCUGGACUCAGGUUUGAUGGGGAGCUCUUUCUUGUGGAGCUUGUGCUUCAGCUCUAGCUAGUUAAUGGCUCUUUCUUGAGACCAUUCAUACCGUAGUGUGCACAGUAUCUUCCAACUACAUACCAUUAUCUUGUCAUAGUUGCUGCUGUUAUUGUGUUAGCUGCUGUAAAAUAGCAGUUAUAUUGGUCAGUCAGUGUCAAUAUCUUGUAUGAACUGCGACUACAUAAUUAGAAAGCAAUGGUAUGACUGUGAAGAUUACCAAA